AUGAGCGCACAAUCAAAAUCGAUUGGAAAGGAGCAACCGUCUCCAACACCUGAAGUCGAAGAGAAGGAGACUCCUCAAGAAGUCACUUCCACCACAGGCAGCGAUGACCAUAACUCCGAGCAAGACGAGGAUGAACCAGUCCCCUCUUUAUGCGACUCUUGGCUCGUAACCAUCCCCGGUGGAUACAUGGAAUAUGAAGGCACAUUCUACGAAGUACGAAGAGUACCCAACACUCUUUCCGAUCGCUUGAUGAGCCAAGCCGAUUUCGGCAUUCUACCUCGAACCACUGCUCCUGGCUUGCUCAUUAACGGUGACAAGGUUGAAAAAAUGAAUGCUAAACAAACCGAAGCUAGAAAGAAGGAGCUUAUUCCUAGUGGAGAAGUCUUCGAAACUGCAGAUGGUAAAUGGGUCGAUCAACAAGGUCUCGACGACACCCAACUUGCUAUUCAAUCCGAUCUUUUCCUAUCACUUCCUAUCAUUAAAGUCGAUCCCAUAAUUCAUCAUGCCAAAGUCCCAAGAUGUCUCGACGAGAUCAAACACUUAUUUGCUGUUCAAGGUGUUCCUUACCUGGUACAGCUUGUGGGAAGAACCGAAGAAGGUAGAAUGGUCAGUCUCAAAUUUGGUCAAGAUCUCACCAGCUGGAUCCUGGGACCAUUCGUCGACGGUGCAAAAGUUCAACUUCCUGAAGAAUGGAAAUAUCAAUGGGUUGUCGACAUCGUCUUAGGUUUGCGAAACUUGCACAAGAGAAAUAUCCUUCACGCCGACCUAACCACCAAUAACGUUUUGUUCGACAAAGACCACGCGAUUCUGUGCGAUUUAGAAUCAGGUCCUCAUACCGAUCACCUCGUCCCUCCAGAGCUUGCUCAAGGUAUCGUCAAAGAUUUCAACGCCAAGAUGGAUAUUUAUGGUUUAGGAACGUUGCUCUGGUGUAUUGAGAAUAGGAACAUGCCUAGAGCUCAUAGGAAGCUUGAAUGUACGGGAGUAUUUGCCGAUUUGAUGUCAAGAUGUAUGGCGGAUGAUCCGGAUCUUAGACCUACUUUGGAUCAGAUCAUCGAGGAACUUCGAAAGCUUCCUGAGACUAAAUCCCUCUUCCCGAAUGAACCUUCAACCACCAAUCCCGAUAAGUGUGCCGCCAGUUCUUCCAUUCAGGGUACUGUAUCCGACCAAGCUCUCAUCCCCGAUCCCAAUUCCUGGUCAUACACACAUACUGGUGCAGUGCCUCUCCGAAACCAAGACGGUACUGUUGACACUAGGAUAGACGUUGAAGCUUCUCAAUUGGCCAGCGAAUCUGAUAUCUUGACGUCUCUUCCUGUCAUCGAAGUCGAUCCGAAAAUCCAUCACGUUAAAUCUCCACGAUCGGUCAACGAGCUAAAGAACCUUAUUUCAAUUCAAGGUAUUUCAUACUUGGUACAACUACUCGGUCGAACUACGGAUGGGAAGAUAGUCACUAUGAAACAUGGUGAUCACACAUUGUUUGAUUGGAUCAAUGAAAUCGGGAAGAAGAUUUCUAAAGAAUGGAAAUACCAAUGGGUAGUCGAUAUCGCUUUAGGUUUAUUAAAUCUUCAUCAGAAGAACAUCGUCCACAAUGAUUUGGCUGAUCAAAACAUCUUGCUUAAAGAUGAUCACGCUAUCAUAUGCGAUCUGGAAUCUGAACCUACAACUUUGGAUAUACUACCACCAGAAUAUGCUCAAGAUUCUUGUGCUAUCAAAGAGAAAAGUGCGGAUAUCUACGCCUUGGGUGUUUUGUUGUGGUCAAUCGAAAACAAGAAUUCCGCUAGACCUCAUAGAGCUCUCGAAUGUACUGGUAUCUUCAAGGAUAUCAUGUCAAGAUGUCUUGCUACCGAUCCUAACGAUAGACCAACAAUCGAUCAAGUCGUCUACAAGCUCUGGAGACUCCCUCAAACCCGCGCUUUAUUCCCUGUGGGAUACGAAGCUCGAGAAGCUAACCUGCCCAACGACCACCCAGCGGAUGUCGACAACGGUCAUCAGGUAAAUACAGAUGCUGGAGACGAAGAAAAGACUGUAUACCAAAUCGACGGACCUCAGCGAUUACCAUGGCUAAAUUGGUUGUAUAACGAUAAAGGCGCUGUCAUCUCUUACAACGGCAUAUUCUACGAGAUCAUCAGAAUACCCGACACAUUUUCCGAUCGAGUCAUUAAUCAAAGAGCAGAUUUACCUUUCGUUCCUUGGCAAUCAGCUCGUAUCAUCGGCGACAGGAUAGAGAAGAUGACUGAAACGGAGCUCGCCAUUAGUCGAAGCGGCUGUCAGGUUAAUAAAGAAGGUGAACUGGUGCCAAUCCAUGAUGGGUCUUUCGAAGCUGAGAGGGAUCAAGAAGUACAACUCACCAUCGAAUCUGAUAUCUUCAAUUCUCUUCCCUUGAUCGAGUAUGACGAGCGACUUCAUCAUGCAAAAUCACCAAGAACGAUUCAAGAAGUGCAAAACCUGAUCAGUGCUAGAGGGGUUCCCGGCUUGGUACAGGUGAUGGGCAGAACUCAAGACAAUCAACUUGCUACGAAGGAGUUUGGCAAGAGCCUUUCGAAUUGGAUAACCGAUAGAUCCAUGGAAACAUCCCAACAAACCAAGGUGCAAUGGGCUGUCGACAUCGCUAGAGCUCUUUGCCAAUUGCAUCAACGAGACAUGUUACACAAAGAUCUCUCUGCCAACAAUGUUUUGAUCGAUGGUGAUCUUGCUAUCCUCUGCGAUCUAGAAUCAAGAUGGACUACCGGAUGUGCAAGACCUCCCGAAAAUUGUCAAGGUGCAGAAUACGAUAAACGAGCGGAUGUCUAUGGAUUUGGUACUCUCCUAUGGUCCAUUGAGAAUAGGAAUAUGCCUAGACCGCAUGCGUCUUUGCAAACUAGUGGCGUAUUCAAGGGAAUCAUGCGAAAAUGUCUAGAUAACGAUCCUGCUAGACGACCUACCAUCGAUAAGGUUUUGGCCGAACUUGAGAAACUCAAAUAUAACAGUUGA